GUUCAGUUAGUCGCGACGCUUCCAGCCGUUAGCACGCAGCUUCGUUUUGGGUUGUGAAACGUUCAGUUCAGAAACCUGUUUCCCAUUGGUUGAUUCACUGGAAGUAAAGUUUCCAGCGAAAGUGAUUUUGUUACGUUGCAUAACUCUCUCUCGUUAGAAAAGAAGUUGUAAGAAAGAAAUAAAAACAAAAUGUUGACGAAAAAUCUUCUGUUGGUGGUUUGCCUGUUCGUGGCUGGCAGCUACGCGCAAUCGAAGGUCCCGGUGAACGUUUACUACGAAGCCCUCUGCCCGGACAGUGCCAAGUUCAUCAACCAACAGCUGUAUCCGGCGGUCCAGCAGUUCCGGAAUAACAUCGACCUGAAGUUCAUUCCGUUCGGUAAAUCUUCGUACAGGACGCAAGGUGCGGAUACGACCUUCGAGUGCCACCACGGUCCGAACGAGUGCUACGGCAACAAGGUGCACGCCUGUGGUCUGUAUCACAUCCAGGGAAAUUCGUACCAACCGAACAACACCCGGGAAGCGUUGAUCCUGGAGUACGUGAACUGUCUGAUGGAGCGAGCCCAGUUCAAGGAGGGUGAAUUCCCCGGCAAGGUGUGUGCCGAGAUGCACGAAAUUCACAACUGGGACAUCAUCGAACGAUGUGCGAACUCGACGGAGGGUAGCACACUGCUGAAGAACUAUGGCGACGAGACGGCCAAAUUGCAGCAACCUUUGAAGAGCGUUCCGACCGUCGCUUUCCGACAGACUUUUGACGCCGAUAACCAGCAAUUGGCGGUCCAAAACUUCCGAGCAGCAUUGUGCAAAAACCUGAAGCCCUCACCAGUUGAGUGUCGCAACAUCCCCGGCAGUGCUCCCAUGGGCGCUCCAUUUGGUCUCGUGACUCUUCUGUCUGUGAUCCUGGCACGAAUGUUCCACUAUUAGAGACCACAGGUCUUCAUCAGCAUUCACGUGGUGGUGCAUUUAACUGUGUUACUAUUUCGAAACGAACUCCGUCCGUACGGUACGCAAAUGUAGUAUUGUUUUCGUUUAAUCAAAGCUGUAUUUUGUCAGUUGUAAACACGUACAAUUUAUUGAGAAAUAAAGACCCUAUUCGCCUGUCAGUGGCAGACACACGAA